GCGCCUGACAGACAAUGAGGGCGGCGGAGAGGCGCUGAGCGGCGGCGGCGGCGGCGGCGGCGGCGGCGAGCGACGCGGGGCCCGGGGGCGGGGCGGGGCGCCAGCCAUGGACAAUCAGUGCACUGUCCAGGUCAAGUUAGAGCUGGGACACCGCGCCCAACUGCGCAAGAAGCCCACCACCGAGGGGUUCACGCACGACUGGAUGGUGUUCGUCCGCGGUCCCGAGCAGUGUGAAAUCCAGCACUUCGUGGAGAAGGUGGUCUUCCGGCUGCACGACAGCUUCCCCAAGCCCAAGCGCGUGUGCAAGGAGCCCCCGUACAAAGUGGAGGAGUCAGGCUACGCUGGCUUCAUCAUGCCCAUCGAGGUCUACUUCAAAAACAAGGAGGAGCCGAGGAAGGUUUGCUUCACCUAUGACCUGUUCCUGAACCUGGAGGGCAACCCGCCCGUGAACCACCUGCGCUGUGAGAAGCUCACCUUCAACAACCCCACCAUCGAGUUCCGGUACAAGCUCCUGAUGGCCGGCGGGGUGAUGGUAAUGCCCGAAGGAGCAGAAACGGUGUCCAGGCCCAGCCCUGACUACCCCAUGUUACCCACAAUUCCACUCUCUGCCUUCUCUGACCCCAAGAAGACCAAACCAUCCCACGGCUCCAAGGACGCCAGCAGGGAGAGCAGCAAGGCCUGCAAGGCCCACAAGACGACCAAGGAGCACCGGGAGCGGCCGCGCAAGGACUCGGAGAGCAGAGGCCCCUCCAAGGAGCCGGAGCGCGAGCAGGCCAGGAGUGCCAAGGAUGCCGCACGGAAGCUGGGCGAGGGCCGGCCGCCCAAGGAGGAGAAGGCCCCUCCGCCCAAGGCCGCAUUCAAGGAGCCCAAGAUGGCCCUGAAGGAGACCAAACUGGAGAGCAUGUCCCCCAAGGGUGGCCCCCCGCCACCACCCCCGCCCAAGUCUUCCAGCAAGCGGCCAGCUGCCGCUGACUCACCCAAGCCCAGCGCCAAAAAGCAGAAGAAGAGCAGCUCCAAGGGAUCCAGGAGUGCCCCCAGCACCUCACCCCGCACCUCGUCUUCCUCCUUCUCAGACAAAAAGCCGGCCAAGGACAAGGGCAGCGCCAAGGGGGAGAAGGUCAAGGCCGAGAGCGAGCCCAGGGAGAUCAAAAAGCCCCCAGAGGUAGAGGAGUCCAACUCAGAGGACGAGGCCUCCUUCAAGACCGAGCCAGGAAAUGCUGUCUGCUGUGAACCUGGAGACGGCAGGACCCCAGGACGUCUCUCUUAUUUGGAAGACCCGCAGUUAGUCCAGGGCCAUCUCAGCCACCCACUUGGCUGCUGGAAGUUCGUUGAGUGCUGGAUAGUGCCCUGUCUGGCAUCCUUCUCUCUCUGCUCAGACCCGGAGCUCUGGGCAGGUGCCCUUCCCUCCUGUCCACCUCAGGCGCUUCCAGUUGAGGCGUUUCUGCGCCCAGGUCUGAUGCACCUGCAUUGGGAAGAGGUGGAGGCCUCCCUGCGGCCCCCCCAGCUGAGCGGCGGCGCACCAGCCAUUGGGCGCUGCUGCUCAGAGUGGGCUGGCUGCGGGUCCAGUGUCUGUGGCCUUGCGCGCUGCUGUUCUGGGAUCACUCGAGGAAGACUAGGGUUUUCUCCUGAAUGUGGGGGUGCAUCCUGUGCACAGAGAGACUUCUGAACGGUGAGCCUCAGCCACUUGAGCCCUGCAGCUGGCAGACCCGGGCACCAGCAGGGUGCCUGGGUUCUCUAGGGCUGCUGGACGGUGCCUCGCAUUUCCUAACCCUGGAACCUCGGCAAGGCACAGACGUCUGCGGUGAAGGAGGCAAGACAGCCUUCCAGACCUGGGCCUCCCCUGCCCUCUUGGCUGCCUGAGGCCAUGCCACGCUGGAGGCCAAGUGGGGCACACCGCCGGAAACCUCUGCCCUCUGUGUGGAACUGGGGUCUCCUCCUCCCCCUCAGCCCUUGGAGGGGCUAGGCAGCUCCUCGUCUGAGUCCCUGGACUGAGCCCCCCAGCUCCUCCCACUGCUUCUCCUUGGCCCGUGGGGUUUCUGACAGUUGAUCCUUUUCAGUCACGGGCCCAGGAGAGCUGCCUCAUGUGACCUGAGCACUGGCCCACGUCAGGGACCAUUUCCAGAUUCCCUCCCCUCACCGUGCACCUUGGAUCUGUGUGGAAGGAAAGGGGACACGUGUAGCUGCGAAGCCCACCUGGCCUGACCUGUGCCAUCUAGGACGGCGCUGGUACUCCUGCCCUAGGCCUUCCGGAGUCUGCUGGCCUGAGCCUGCAUGCCUGGCGGCCUCCCCAGCGAGUGAGAGCCCUCAUGCAGACGCCGGGCAGGAUGAGCCUGGGCUUCUGUCCGAAUUCUGUCCCAGAGGCUGGGGGCAUGAUUGGCACCGCCCUCUGUGGGCCAGCGGCUGAUUCACACCUGCACUUAGCAGAGGCUGGCAGUUUACAGUUGGGAAAACUGAGGCUUCAAAACCAGGGACUGCUUUAACCAGUCGGUGAGAAAGUCAGGGUCAGAACCCAGGACCCCUGAGCCAGAAUAAGAACAUGGAUGUGCCUGCAGCAGUGGCAGUGUGGCUCCAGGCCCCACCAGGCACAUAGUUGGGGGUGAGGGUCACGCUGGUCUGUGUGGACCCCCACGUGGACGUGGUUGAUGGCAGUCUAGGCCAGUUUCCUGGGCAAGGCUUCCCAGGGAGCACCAUUUGCCAUGUGAAGGUAGCAAGUAGGGGAUGCCAGCAGGGGUGCGUGGAGGGGCCUGGACCGGGUCUGGUUAGGCCGCAGUAAACCCAAGAAAAGCAGCGCUCUGUCCGCAGGCAGCCUGACCCUUUGCUGGGCCUACUGAGUGAGGGGAGACCUGGGCCUUCUUAGCCCUCUUUCUGGUGGCCGGGGCUGCCCUCGGCCCGUAGACCCUCAGGAGCAGCUGUCUCGAGCCCCAGUGGAUCAGGGGCCCCUGUGCUGGGGUCUUCUCAUGUGGCAUGUGCCGGGACUGAGCAGACGCUGCUGGGUGCCUCUGCCUGUCUCCUGGCCUUUCCAUCCAGCCUUCCCCAGGUGCUUGAGCAGCCUGGCUCCCCCAGCGGUCCCCGAGGCCAGGGCUCGGACAGUGCCUGGGUACACUGGGCCAGCAGGCUCUCUGAACUGACACCCAUGUCCUUCUGCCCAUCGGAGCCCAUUCUUCCCCGGCCCCAGGCCCUUGGCUUACUCUGCUGCACGUGCCUUUGCCAGAGCCUGUUGGUGUCUGCCAAAGCCUGGGAGCAGAGGCCGCCCUGUUCUGGCUCAGCUCUGGACGGUGAAGCUAGAGGCCUCUUCCCCGUGCAGGCCUCUGAAGUGGGAGCUGCCGCCCCAGGCAUCUUACCCCCUGUAUUAAGGCCUGGGGUCCUAGUUUGGGCUUUUACUGCCCCCUGGUGGCCGAGUCAGGGUGGCCGGCUGUAGGCAGGGAGGGAGAUGGGACCCGCCCUGGGCACAGUAGGGUGGGGCAGGGAGUCCACCCUGUCCUGUAGUGCUUGUCAUGUGCACAUACACCUGAUACCACCUCAGGGGCACCCGGUGGCAGGAGACAGCUUUUUGUCACAGCUGUCCCAGCCUCAGGACAAACUGAGGCAGAAUGAGAAGCCAAGUGUCUGUACCCACCUUUCCUGUGUAGACCCUCCAGCUGCUCACUGCCCACACUGCUCUCAUGGCAGGAAGGCCGGGGCCAGAGGCCUAGAGCAGCAACAGACACGCUGCCCGCUCCUUGAACGGGCAGAGGUGUGGACUAGAGAUUCAAGUCCCUUGGGAGGGAAAAAAGGUCAUCAGUUGGCGAUUUGACCACAAACCAGCUGUGCCCUGAGGGUGGGGGCAGAGGUGGACUGGGGAUCGGGGUCUGAGGGGCACUGCCUUGGCCUGCGGUGCUGGGUUCUGGCGUUCCAGUGACCUCUUGGGUGCGUACCUGGGGUGUCCUGCCUGGUGGUCCCUGCUGCCAGAGGGCAUUUGUCGUCCACUCCUUUUUCUGUGGACUGAAAGAUAAUUGUUGUCCUCUCUCCCUGCUGCCCCGUUGUGGG